AUGCACUGCAACGCAACGCUGCAAGCCCACAUCAAGAGUUUGAUCAGCUAUCGAAAAAGCUCCGGCGCAAGGAAGACCUUGGCAAGUCCUUUCAACUUUGCACCAUUCUACUUGGAGGAGUUCUUGGCCACAUGGGCAGGGCCCAACGUGCCAGAGAGGUUGGUGUAUAUGGAUACUGAUGUUCUCCUGCAAGCAGACGUGGCCGAGCUUGCCAAGAUGGAUCUGGGAGGCUAUCCAGUUGCAGCCGUGGAGGACUGUUCGCAGCAUUUCGACUUGUACAUAGACUUCGAAGAGUUGUCGGACUUGGGCCUUAAGCGUGCCGGUCUCGAGCCUGCCGAAUGCGUAUUCAACCGUGGUGUGUUUGUCAUGGAUGUUCGACGCUGGCGAAAGCUUCAAAUAACUCAAGAGAUUGAGCGUUGGAUGGCCCGGUACCGCUCAGCAAAGAAGGACUUGUACAAGUUUGGGCUGUCUCAGCCUCCCUGGCUCCUCGCGCUACAUGACAGAUAUCGCCGUCUGAGUGAGAGAUGGAACUGUCGCGGCCUUGGCCGUGAGACUCUGUCCAUGAAGGAGCUCAAGGAAUUGAAGUCUGACUUGAACAUGGACUUCAGAACGCUGCAGAAGGCAGGAUUACGGCCUGCCGGUGAACAGGUGCAGCCAUACCUUGCGUCAUGCUCUGCAGAUGCCAUGCUUCUCCACUUCAACGGAAAGCUGAAGCCCUGGCAGGCUGGCAAGUGGGCUCGCCGACAGCGGGCUCCGAUUUGCCUGCUAAAUCGUAGCGCCUUCCCUGAACUGGAGCGGAAAGAGGUCUCCGGCAAGACAUUUGUCCGUUGUGCAGACUUAUGGUCUCACUUCUUGUCACCAGAUGCGGCGCACCUCCUUGUAAGGGCUGCGGGCGCCGCCACGCCCGGCUCGUGA